AUGAUCAUCAUCUACCUGCUUCUUCUCUUCAUCACCACUGAGACUUUUCUUGCUGUUUGUAGCAGAUUGACUGAAUUCUACCGUAGCAACAAAAAAUCGAAGUUUAUGGAGAAUUUAAUUGAAGACUUCCUCAGGUUCAUCAAGCAAGUCGAUCAUUUUGGUGACAGCACCAACCUGAACGCCAACAAAGACGAUGACAUCAACAACAGCAGCAACUCCGAAAGCACCAACAACGGAAAUUUUACACACAACACCACUAAUAACAACAACGCCAACAACACACAAUCCAGAAAUGAUGAUAACAUUAUAAAUGAUGAUGAAUCAGGCGCCACACACAAACCGGCAAAAGCAUCCAGAUACGAAACGAAGUCAAAUGAAAUGAGCAACCAAAACCUCAACUUGUUCAUCUUGCAGUCAUCGAUCGUUGCAAAAACAGCUCCAAUUCACGUAACUGAAGAAACACCAUUUAAUAAAAAUGAUCCAGCUAACAAUCGUCCAUCAUAA